AUGCUCAUUGAAGAAUCCUACGAAGAUGUCCAGACUUCCACGGGUCCUAUGAGGAUCUACACCUUCCACCCCAAGAUCCCUGGCUAUCCCAAGGCCAAGUUCCCGGGUGUCGUUGUCUACUCCGAGAUCUACCAGGUCACUGGCCCUGUGGCUCGGUUUGCUAGACAGAUUGCUGGUAUGGGAUACAUCUGCGCUGCGCCAUCAUCCUUCCACGAGUUCGAGGGACCUGAGCCUUUCGCAUACGAUGUUCCUGGUACCGACAAGGGAAACCAGUACAAGAUUGAGAAGGAGGUUAAGGCUUACGAUGAGGAUGCUAAGCUCAGCGUGGACCUUUUGUUAAGACUACCUACAUGUAACGGCCGCAUCGGAGCAACCGGAAUGUGCCUUGGAGGCCACCUCGCCUUCCGUUGUGCGUUCGACGCCCGUGUCAGCGCCAGUGUCUGCUACUUUGCUACUGACAUCCACUCCGCUACCCUCGGUAAGGGUAUGAAGGAUGACUCCCUGGAGCGCGUCCGCAACAAGGAGAUCAAGGGCGAGGUAGUUAUGAUUUUUGGCAAGAAGGACACCCAUGUUCCUCCCGCUGGACGGGACUUGAUCAGGAAGACUAUGGAGGACGCUGGCGUUACCUUUUCUUUCUAUGAACAUGCGCACGCUCAGCAUGCUUUCAUUAGGGACGAGCUGAGUAAGGGAAGGUACGAUCCUGCGAUCACCCGGGUGUGCUGGGAGAUGUUGGUCGAGUUGUUCAACCGAAGAUUGGUUCUCGACUGCGGUGAGCCUGAAGCUGAGGGCGAACCCGAGCAUGUUUGUUAA